CUCCUGCUGUGGGUCCUCAUCAUGGAGACCAAACGGGUGGAGAUUCCCGGCAGCGUCCUGGACGAUCUCUGCAGCCGAUUUAUUUUGCAUAUUCCCAGCGAGGAAAGAGACAAUGCUAUCCGAGUGUGUUUUCAGAUUGAACUUGCCCAUUGGUUUUACUUGGAUUUCUACAUGCAGAACACACCAGGAUUACCUCAGUGUGGGAUAAGAGACUUUGCUAAAGCUGUCUUCAAUCAUUGUCCAUUUUUGCUGCCUCAAGGUGAAGAUGUGGAAAAAAUUUUGGAUGAAUGGAAGGAAUAUAAAAUGGGAGUGCCAACAUAUGGUGCAAUUAUUCUUGAUGAGACACUUGAAAAUGUACUACUGGUUCAGGGGUACCUAGCAAAAUCAGGCUGGGGAUUUCCAAAAGGAAAAGUAAACAAAGAAGAAGCUCCUCAUGAUUGUGCUGCUAGAGAGGUCUUUGAAGAAACUGGUUUUGAUAUUAAAGAUUAUAUUUGUAAGGAUGAUUACAUUGAACUUCGGAUCAAUGAUCAGCUUGCUCGUUUGUACAUCAUUCCAGGAAUUCCAAAAGAUACAAAAUUUAACCCGAAAACCAGAAGAGAAAUCCGGAAUAUUGAGUGGUUCUCCAUUGAGAAAUUGCCUUGCCAUAGAAAUGAUAUGACCCCAAAAUCCAAACUUGGUUUGGCACCAAACAAAUUUUUUAUGGCCAUUCCUUUUAUCAGACCAUUAAGGGACUGGCUUUCUCGACGAUUUGGAGAUUCCUCAGAUAGUGACAAUGGAUUUUCCUCAGCUGGUAGCACACCAGCUAAACCUACUGUGGAAAAAUUGAGUCGAACCAAAUUCCGGCACAGUCAGCAGUUAUUUCCUGAAGGUUCUCCUGGUGACCAGUGGGUAAAGCACCGGCCACCGCUGCAGCAUAAACCGUACAGUAAUCAUCAUGCCGAAAUGUCCGAUCUUUUAAAAGCAAAGAAUCAAAGUAUAAGGGGAAAUGGCAGAAAACAGUAUCAAGAUUCACCUAAUCCAAAGAAAAGAGCAAAUGGGAUCCACAGCCAGCCAGCCAAGCAACAGAGUCCCUUGGUGAAAUGUGAAAAGAAACUUCAUCCACGAAAACUUCAGGAUACUUUUGAAACAGAUGCUGUGUAUGACUCGCCUCACUCCGGUGAAGACCAGUCGCUCGAACAUGCUGAGGGCCAGGCUGUGGCAUGUAACGGACACUGCAAAUUCCCCUUUUCGUCCCGAGCUUUUUUGAGUUUCAAGUUUGACCAUAAUGCUAUAAUGAAAAUCUUGGACCUCUGAUAGCAGCACAUGUGAAGUCCCCAGACCAGAGGCGUGUUGCAUUUGAGUGGGUGUCUCUUUGAGCCUUACCUUUCUCAGGUGUUGUAAAGAAA